AUGCAGGGGCUGGUGAGCGAUAAGACGUUCCACUUGAAGUGGAACAACCACCUGCAGAACUUGAGCCAGCUGUUCACGACCAUCUACUCGUCGUCGGCGCUCGCGGACGUGACGCUCUCCUGCCGCGACGGCACCCUCAAGGCGCACAAGCUCGUGCUCUCAGCAUGCAGUCCCUACUUCGAACAGAUAUUCAAGGACAACCCAUGUCAACAUCCAAUAGUAAUUCUGAAGGGUAUACCCUUCUCGGAGAUCAACCUCCUUGUGGAGUUCAUGUACAAGGGAUCGGUGGAUGUCCAAGAACUGGACCUGCAGUCUCUAAUGCACACAGCAUCAGAGCUAGAGAUCCGGGGGCUGGCGUAUGAGGCUAGAGACAAUGCUGCACAGAUGUUGAAUGUCAACUUGGAGUACCCGUCAUAUCCUGCCACUUCCGUGUCUGCACAGCCUGCAUACUCACAAGCCAGGACUGAUGUGGAGAGAUUGAAACAGAUACACAUGUACCAGCAAUCCAUGAUGCGAGCUGAGGAGAUCAGGCGACGUCGGAGGGAGGACCCUCAGACCACCCACACGGCUGUGAACAAUAUCCUCGCUGCGGCAGCUAGGGAGAUGGAGGAGGCGAUGCACGCCAACCGGGCAGGGGAGAGAGUUGUCGCCAGUAUACAGACCGAACAUGACCAGGUGGCAGCAUCAUCCACAACGACAGAUGUCAAACGUGAUAUGGAAGAGGAACGUCCCAAGAAGCGGACUUCCAUUCUAUCACCAGAUGACAGUCUCCGGGCUAAGAAGAAGCCGAUGACUGUACGCUUCCAAGAUGAUAAUAAGACUGACGAACGCCCUAAAAUCACAUCACCCGGCGCAACCAGCAACGAUUCAAACAAGCAGGAAGACAACAAGCACAGCGGUGGUAUAAAAGUGGUGCAGUUGGCGGUACUGCAGAAACCCACCGCCACCAACAAUGACCAGGACGAUUCUGACGGUGAGCAAUCUUUAGAGAAAGGAGGCAACAAGCAUUUGGACGACGAUGAGGAGACAGACUCCAGCGGCUCCGUGUCGGACUCCGCCACCAACGACGCGCAGGAAGGCAGGCCUCAUGUCUGUGAUGUUUGUGACUUAAGGUUCCAGCGCUCGUCGCACCUGUCGCGCCACAAGCUGACCCACACGGGCGAGCGGCCCUUCACCUGCGGCGGCUGCGGACGGAGCUUCGCGCGCUCCGACAAACUGCGCGUGCAUACCAAGAUCUGCGAGAAGGAGGACCCAACGGUGGACAUGGCAAACGAAACAGGAUCUUGCAAGCGAGAGAGCAACUCGGAAGUAAUGUCGGGCAUGGUCCGCACGACGCACCGCGAGUCGGGGCACCUCGUGUUCACGCCGAGCGGCGACGUGAUGCUGCCGCCCCGCGCCGCGCCCACCGUGCUCAACGCCACGCUGGACCCCGUGCGGAACGAACUCAACGCGGACUCGCUGCUGCCGCGCAGGGGACGCGGCCGGCCACGCAAGACCCCGCUACCACUAACGCCUAAGAUCAAGAAGAAGAGGGGACGUCCCCCCAAGACUUCGCUAGAUAUGGAGGGCUGCGUCCUGACGAGUGGUACGGUGAUGGGUCCGAGCCCUACGAUCUCUCACCUCACGCCCUCCGGACAACAACUGCUACUCAAGAGGAAGAGGGGACGCCCUCCCAAGAAUUAUCUACUACCUCGGCAAGGUAUGGUGGAUAUGGAUAUACCGAUGCAGUACGGACUCGCGAUCAACAAGAUUUACGGACGACCCAAUGAAAACUACAAUGCUACGAAUCUACCUUUCGGCGACUUCUCAUACUUAACGGAGAUGAUAUACAACCCGCUCGCUUACGGCUCGUACGGUGUGACCAGCGUGGACCCUGACCGUAAUAUCGACACCGACCAGAGCCUCAACACCGACCAAUCGCACGACAGAACCAUCGACGUCUCCGACUCUUCCUCCGACGAUGACGACUCACGCGCAGAAAUCGACGAAAAAGUCCCCUCCGUCGCCAUGGAAACGCAAAUCAUGACCGUAGGAGACUGCCAGAUCGUCAAACUGCCACCCAAUAAUGAGGAGAAGGAGGAGAAGAUGGAGCAGAUCGUGGAGACCAGCACCGUGUCGUCGUCCACGCCGUCGUCCGUCACCAUCACGCCUAUCACCACCGUCGGGGACUGUACCAUCAGACCGGUGGAGAAUACAUAA